UAACUCGUUCCUCUUUUCUACACCAAUGCUACCUUGAAUAGGAAUUUGUGACAUUUGGAAAAACAAUAUUCAAAACAUAAAAAUAAUUCAACCUGCCAUACUUUAUAGUGAGAGGGGGCGAACGAACAGACUGAAUAAAAUUUAUCAAUAUCAAGAUACUUUAGUACUGGUUCUUAAGUGGGACUUGGAAGAGUUAUGUCUUAGAUAUUAUUUGUUGAGUGAACGCGAUGUUGGUUUCCGUAUAGUAUAGAUAAAUAAUUUUUAUGUGAUAAUGGUUUGUUUGUAUGAAGUUUUUAUUAUGUUAUUUUUUGCUAUAAAAAGUUAACAUCAUGGAAAGUAGUACACAGAAAGAAAAGACAGACGGUCCGAUUAUGCCAAUGAAAGAAUGGGUACGAAGAAUGCAACCUUUCCAGUUGUACGUGGUACUAGGAUUGACAAUAACUUUUUUCAUAAUCGAAUUAAUUAUUAGUCAUCUCACCCAUGCUUUGACUCUGUUAAUGGACUCUUACCACACCCUUGUUAAUAUAAUGGCAUUGGGCGGAUGUAUAGUAACUAUCAAGUAUGCCAAAAAUACUCCAACACAAGUGUUCAAUAUGAAGAAAGGAUCGAGCGUCUCCGAAAACGUAGGCGAAGAACUAACUUCUUCUAAGUCUACGAAAUGCCAGGAUAAGGAAAAAUCCAAAACGUCCGUAACUACGUCCAAUCAAGAAAAGAAGCUAAAAAAUACAUUUGGCUGGGCCAGAAUCGAUGUUAUAUUUAUGUUAAUUUGUUGCGUUUUUUUAGCUUCGUUAAGUUUCUCAAUUUUAGUGGAAGCAUUACAGACUUUAGUACAUAUUGAUCAUCAUGAUGAGAUGCACCAUUCCAUAUCAGUAUUAUGUAUUGGAGCAACAGGUUUAUUACUAAAUGGAGUAUGUUACCUGCUUAUUGGUGGUUAUACAUUUCACCAAGGAAGCUUCCUUUAUGUAACUGAAAGUGGAAAUGUAGUUUUAAGUAAAGUUGUAGUUGACCAAUCCUUGCAACAAGGAGCCAGGCGUUUAUCUAGAAGUAAAACUAUUCAUCCUAAUGUUAUAAAUCAUAAACAAAGGCAGGGAUUUUGGGAGAUGACAAGAGAUGUUAACGGUUGUAUCCUUGUUGUGAUAUGUGCUCUAAUGGUAUAUUUCAGCGACAAAAACACUGCCAAAUACAUAGAUCCAAUAUUGUCGUUAAUAUCUUCAACAGUAACAAUGUUUUUGAGUUAUCCUUAUAUGAAAGAAAGCUGCCUUAUUCUAUUACAAACUAUGCCGGACACAAUUGACAUUGAAUCGUUGAAAAUUGAAUUGCUCAAUCAUUUUCCUGAUAUUGUGAAUAUUCACGAUUUUCACAUAUGGCAAUUGACGGCAAACAAGGUCAUAUCAACAGUGCAUAUCAUUUUUCAAAAUCCAAAGGCUUACAAACGAUUAAUAGAAGAAGUAAAAGAAUUUUUUAAUGACAAUGGUAUAACUCACGUUACGAUACAACCAGAGUUUUUCAAAAAAAAUGCUAGUUUGGAUAGUUUAAAUUCCAAGUAUGCGCCAAACUGUUUAGUAACGUGUCUUGGAGAGGGCUGCAAAGACCAUCAUUGUUGUCCAAGUUAUAAGGAUAAACAGAUUUCGAAAUCACACUCCAAAGAAUUAAUAUCAGGUAACCAAACACCAGAUUUAAAAUCGGUGAAGAUUUUGGACAAUGAACUCUCUACAUUGAACGGACAAUUUGGAAGUCUGACAAGUAUCAAAUCUAGUCAAAAAUCUGAAGGUAAUGCACCCUCAUCCAAAUCGACGGAUUCAUUAAAUGAAUCACUAAUAGACAAAGAAAAAAAAUGUACGACAACGAAAACGAAUUCGUUGGAAAAAAUCGACGAAAAUCUCAGUGAUAAUUUAACCAAAGAUACAUGCGUAGAGAAUAGUAAUGAUGAUCAGAAAAAAAAUAAAAUUAAUGAAAAUAAUACAGUAGAACAUAAUGAGAUUAGUUUAAAAAAAUAGACUCUAUUGACCUGAAAUAUUUAAAACGAAUAAGUUUAGAUAAAGCUCAAAAUAGGUUAAUCUUAUUAGAGAGAUUGUUUACUUCACGAAGAUCUAUAAUAAGAAGAAAACUUCAUUUUUGCAUUUUAAAAGUUGUUUCAAAAGUCUCAUAAAAUCUCGUGUUCGCGUUUUAAAGUAUUUAACAUGAAAGUUUACAAAAAUCUCGUUUCUAAUAGCUUUCAUAUAUAUGUAUCAUUUACUAUUACUAUUUUCUCCUUUUUAUAUAUACGAAACUGUUUUUAGAUAGAAACAGAAUGCAAUGUCAGCUGUUAAUCUCAUUCUACAAUACAGUAUACAACGCCUAGAAAAUUAUUCACAGAUAAUUUGCAAUUUUAUAAAUUAUUAAAUUCGAUAAUCAAAUAUAGAUCUAUAAUUCAUUAUUAUCAUUUGGGUCGUCAAGGACUUUUGUCUCCAAGUCUUCAAUGAUUUGGGGAUCAAAAGUACCGACUUCAUCUACAUUGCCCGAUACGAAGAAGUCUGAAGACAAGCUUGCCAAUUUCUGGCCACAACCCGUAAAACAUUUUAACACCGAUUUCUUAUAUCUACAUCGUGAACCUCUACAAUUCUUGCACUCGGAAUAUAUUGUAAUUAGUUCCUUAUAAUCCAACCCCAUUACUAGCGCUCUAACUUGAUAAUAGAGAUGGUUAAUGUUUUGAUGAGUCGCAACAUUGGAAAACUGAACAGGUUUACUGAGCUUUAAGUGUGAUAAUGGUGAUAAUACUGUUUGAGCAAAAAGUCCGUGUUCAUAUAAUGUUGAGUUAGAUGAUUAAAAUUCCUCUGAUAUUCCAAAGAAAGUUUUUUUUAAAUAACAGAAUACGUACUACUGAAUAAAUGCGGAAUUAAAAUGUGUUUUUUAUAACGAGAAUAUUCAGUCAAUCUCUUUUGAAAGUUGUGAGAUAACUUUUAGAAUGCUAAAAUAAAGAUUAAUCGAAUUUUUCGAUUAUUAGAGAUAAAUUCCAAGAUUCCUACUUUUUUCACUCAUAUUACUGGUCUAUAAUCACAUUUUUUUAUCAAAAUUGAUGAAAAUAAUUACUGUGUCACGAAUGGCUGGAUAAGAAUAAUGUAUAUCAGAAAUGAAUGUUAUUCAAAUUAUGAUCAAAAAUUCGAUAAUGCAUUUUGGCUUGAUGUAUACAUUAAAAUUUCUGAAAAAUAAGUAAUUAGUAUUCUUUAUUACUAUUAUUAAUAUUAUUUAUAAAAUAAACCGGAGACGAUAUUUUAUUCUAAUUAUGUUAUAGAUUAUGAUCGCGUUUUUAAAUUUUUUUGGUCUUUGAUAUAAAAUUUGUUAAAUAAUGAAAAAAUCUAGUUUUUAGAAAUAUAAGACAAUAAUUUUUUUCGAGACCCUAUACAACUAGACUCCUUUCACAAGAUUAUUACAGUGGGCUUAUAAAGUAACGCAUAAAUAGAUUAUUAACAGUGAGCAAAAAAUCAAAACAAGAUGUUUAUUGAUUUCAAUUAGAUUUUUUUCAGAAGAAUAAUCUAGUGCAAUUACAACUUUUCUAUUAUGACGUGGGCAAAAGUUUUAAAUGAAAUACUUAAUACUAAUGCUAGUAUGAAGUUGAGCUAAGAUGCAGUUUCACUUCUCAAAAGUAUCCUCCACACUUUUCUAUCCAUUACUUUUUAUAAUGUCCCAAUCCAUUCAAUUUUUCUUUGUUUUGUCGUCAUCUUCAGUUCCUCAUUUCAUGUUUUUCUUGGUCUUCCUUAUGGUUUUUGCUGUUUGCUCGAAUAACCAUUUUGUCUUCCCCCAUUUCUGUAACAUGUCCAAACCAACUUAAUUCCGUUUCUUCUAUUUUAGUUUCUAUAAGUUUUCUAUCUAUAUUUUUCAUGUGCUUGAUGUAUUAUUACUAUUCCUGUUCUUUUUUGUUCUAACUUAUAUUUUCCUUGAAUAUCAAAGCUCCAUGUUAUGUAUCUUAUUUCUUUUGUGUUUUCAUUUCUUGAGAAAUCUCUUCCUUAACCAGGACGAUAUCUUUGAUACUAUUUUUUAGCUGCUCGUGUUACCUCCUUCAUUUCAUCCUGAAUUCUCCCUUUAUUUUUGAACCUAGAUAUUUGAAGCUAUCCACUUGUUCCAGUUUUGUUUUAUUUACGUAUAUUUAGAAAUUUUUUGUUAUUACUCAUGGAAGAAGUACAGACAAAACGACAGGGCGUUUUGUUUUUCAAUCAUAUCUAUUUAUUUAAGAGUAUUAUAAUCAGUCUCAAUUGGUUUUAUUCAUCUUAGGUUUAUUGACGUACAGUAACACAGUCUUCUAAUUAAGUUGGAAAUAUAACAAAAUAUAUCUUGAGAAAAAAUAUAGCUACUCACAAAAACCAUUUUGUCCAUAUAGUACGGACAAAAUGUGCACACAAAUCAAACCUUCGUUUCCUGAUCAUAUAUCAGAGCAUUUGUACACUGCCUCAAUCACUCCUCUGAUGGUAAAGCGUUUUUGGGCUGUAUUUAAUAAUAAUUCCUUGCGUAUUUAGAGUUAGAAGCCAAUGACAUGUGAGGGGUUUCAAUUUUUCUUCUUGGCCUCGAAUGAACUGCUCCUGUGGUGUUGACGAAAUAGUAGCAAAUGGAUAUGUCAGUAAUUGCUCUGAUGGACCUGGUCGCACACCGUCAUACCGUCAUCGACGCUUUCCAGCUAUCUCAACUGUAUUACACUCAUCUACGAGUACAUAUGUUUCUGAAUUCAGGUUCAUCACAUCAGAAUCAGCAACUCCAAUAUCAGCAUUGGUGAUGACUUGCGUUGUGUUUUGUGAAGAACCUACUUCAUCGUAAUUUGUUGCUGAUGGAUUUAAAAUAGAUACAACAUCGUUACUAGGAUCUUCUUGGAUUGAAGAAAUGUUGAUACACUCAGUUAAAGUCAAUCGUGAAGGAAAGUUUAAAUGCACUGUCUACAAUAUCCACCUGAUUCAAUGGAAUAUUUUUGGCCUCUGCCAAUCCAAACAUGUAGUCUGGAAAAAUAUCAGGAUUAACAAGCAUUUGCUGAAUAUUUGCUGCUUUUCCAAACACUCCAUUAAACAAAUACUCGAUUUGUAAAUGGGUAACAACGCGCCCUGGAUGAUUUUUUAGCCUAUUAGAAAUGUCUUGAUCGAAAUAUGUUUCUAGUGGUCCAUGAAUACAAAUAAUCAAGGGCUGCAUUCUAUUGGUGCAAUUUGACGGUAAACACAACACUCUUAUACUAUUUUCUUUGGCAUAUGACUUCUAUGACUUGAGUAAAUAUAACAAAUAAAUAAAACAGAACGUCUUUGCUAGAUUUCGUAUGUGCGUGUAAACGUUUCAACCUUUUUACAAACAACUCUUUGUGCAUCUAUCCUGAUUCUUGUGCUAGCUCAAGAGUGCUAGUGGGAGUUUCAUAAACUAGUCCGUUUUCCAUGUUCUUUCUAUAAAAUAUCAUACAUGGCCAAAUGUUUUCUAUCUUUGGUGGUUUCUGGACUGUAGUAAGCUCGGUUUCAUCCACAUUAAAUAUUCGGUGAAGUCCCAAAUUGUAGAUAUUGCUGUCGUCACGAAGACGUAACUAAAAUCCCCCAUUUUUUUUUUAAUUCCUUCUCAGUUAUCCUCAUGUGGAUGUUCUCAAAUCUUGUAUUUUAUAUUAUUAAGUUUUUGUCUGUAGCGAUUGAUACCGAGUCAUCUGCAUAGAUUAUUUCCGAUAUUUGAUAUUCCAAUGUGUCCUUAUGUGUUGCUUGAUUUGGCUUCAUUUAUACUUUCAUUUAAAAAAACCAACCUUCCUAUUUUUCAAAUUUGAAAAUUGCUACAAUGUGACAACAAAACCCAAAAGUUACUUAUGUCAAUUCAUUUGAAAAAAAAAUACAAAUAUUCUAAUUCUUGCACUUUGACCAAUGAAAAAUGAGUUGUAAACAUUUAAUAGAACAGCAGACGUUAUUUUAUAUCUUAUAUCUAUAUCCUAUAUCUAUGUCUGUUAAUGUAGACUUCAGAUUUCAAAUAACUCCAUAAAAUGAAGUAUAUUAGAAAGAUAUUCACACUGUUUACAGUACCACUACACCAACACUCACAAUUACACAAUCUGGCGCGUGUUUCGAAAACCACAUUAUCGUAUUCACAGACUCAAUGUAAGUCUCUGAAGACGUGCGUUAUACAGUGUAAUUGUGGGUGUUGGUGUAGUGGUAGUGUAAAAAUUGUGUUCGAUAAGUGAUUUAGUAGACUAGUUCACUUUUGUAUACUUCUGAUUCAUCGAUUUGAGAAUGUCCUGUCUAAAAACGGUUGAAUAACUACAUAAAUUUUAGUUAUUAUUGAUUCAGUACUUCCCCAACGUGUCUUAAUUCUCUACUUAGGAAAUAUGCAUUUCUGGACGCAUUUCAGGAAAUUAUGUGCGAACUUUCGCUUAGUCCUCAUUACAUUAACAACUGAUCCGUUUGUUAAAUGCGGCUAUAUGAUAUAUUUGCAAUACUGAACUGUUCUAGUAUAUUUAUAACUGUCAAAUUAGAAAAACACGUUGCCAGCUUUACUUUUUAGUACAGUCCAAAAAAAUUCAGACAAUAUAUUUUAUUGUACCAUUGAUUGGUGCUAGAAAACUUAAAUUAUUACAGUAACUUUGUCAGUUUUUGACUUAUCAUCCGAAAAUUAAACAAGAAAGUUAUUCAAUAGUGUGUUUUUUUGAAUUAUGACACUAUUUGAGCGAUUACGUUUUUGUUCACCCUUUAGUAUAAGGAAUCAGCUUGUCUUACGUUUUUGAUAUCAGCUUAGCAAAGAAAUUCAGAAUAUGUUCCAACUGAAGAAAAUCAUUACUAAAUGAUUAUUCCCCUUAUAUUAUAGAUUAAUAAUGAUAUAAAAAAUUUUUUCAUCUUACUGUUGAUUUACUAAUGAAUUUAUGCGUUAUUUUGUGGCUGGAUCGAAUAUAUUAUGUAGUUGAUUUCAUUUUAAAGCACUUUUAACUUCAAUAGCCAUCUAUAAUUUCAAAUGGGAUUUUAUCUAGUCAGGCUCUACAAUCUACAAUUUUUUUUCUUUAUUUGAAUUCAAUUAACAAAUCAAUUCAUUCGUCCAUAUUUCUAAUAAGGCUGUGUUUAACAUUAAGCUAGAUAUUUGUGUCAGAUUUUAUGCAUACUGUGAUUUUUAUAUUAAAUAAGUGACUAUUUGUUUAGAAUAUAAACAAAUUUUAGAUAUAUCAAUAAAACAUAAUAUUUUA